CAGAACCAAAGUAAAAAAGACUAAAAACAACCAGAAUGUCGAACGAGGUGGCCGCAUCUGCCGUAGCUGCCAUGGGCGCCCCCAACAAGGCUCCAGAAGGUUCGAGAGAAGGCAGCCGAGCGAAAGAGGAGCGGGCGGAGUACGUGGCCUACCCCCGCCGCUGGGCCGUCCUCGUCACCGUCGUGCUGCUCAACAUCUCCAACGCGGCGCUGUGGAUCAACAUAGCCCCCGUAGCCUACACAGUCGCCUCGUACUACAAGCGGCAGCUGUGGGAGGUCAACUGGUUCAGCCUCGUGUUCCUGUUCGUGUCGAUUCCCUUCUGCUUCGUGUCCACCUUCAGCGUCAACCGGCUCGGGCUCCGGCCGGCGAUCCACAUCGGGGCGGGACUGAACUGCCUCGGGGGCCUCCUGCGCGCCUUGGGCUCCUCUGGCGUCAUCGACAACCUGGACGCGCAGUUUGCCAUCUCGCUCACCGGUCAGACGAUCGCUGGCAUGGCGCAGUCGUUCCUCCUGUUCAUCCCGACGAAGGUGUCCCAGCUGUGGUUCCCCGAGGACGCCCGCGCCAUCGCCACCACCGUCCUCUCGCUGUCCAACCCCCUGGGCAUCGUGGUGGCACAGGUCGCCACGCCCCUCAUCGUGGCCGCCGAGGAGGACUUCCCGACCCUGAACUACGUCUUCGGGGCCCUGGCGGCGCUGACGGAGGUGGUCACCAUCGUCUGCAUUACCAGCUCCAAGCCCCCCACCCCGCCCAGCCAGAGUGCCGCCUACGGGGAGGUGCGGCGGGCGUCGUACCUGCAGCAGCUCAAGACGACCUUCACCUGCUGGCCAUACCUGCUGCUGCUGCUGUCGCUGGGCUGCGGCGUGGCGCUGUUCUCCUCCCUCGCCACCGUCACGCAGCAGCUGCUGUGCCCGCUCGGCUACACUGACCUCUUCGGCGGCAUAGCGAACGCAGCGAUGAUCCUGAGCGGCUUCGUGGGCUCCGCCAUCACGGGCGUCACGGCGGACAGGACCAAGGCCUUCACGCCCAUCACCAAGUUGUGCUACGGCGUGGCCACCAUCUUCGCUAUCGUCAUGCUGGAGAUGUUCAUGGUUCCCGGCCAACCCGAACUCGUCGCUACAUUCACGGGCCUCUUCGGGUUCUUCGGCGUCGGGGCAUACCCGAUCGGCCUCGAGCUGGCGGUGGAGGCAACGUACCCCGUCGAAGAGUCGAUCAGCACGGCCUUUAUUUUCAUGUCUGGGCAGUUCCAAGGGGUCUUGAUCAUCGCACUGGUAACACUGCUGGGACGGGAACAGAAGCCGCAGUUCGAGGACAUCGAGACGUGUACAAAGAGUGGCAAUGCUGAAAUAGAGCCCAUGGAUUAUACAGUAUCCCUGAUGGUGAUUAUGGCAUACUUGGUUGUGGUUGUCUCCGUCAUGAUCCUCUUCUUCGAGACAUCCUACAAGCGGCUGGAAGCUGAGCGCCUCACCCCGGAUCCCACCGCUGCCACCAGUAACUCGACCGCCGGCUCUGCUUCCCCUUCUUCCUCGAAUCGUUCUCUCUCUCGUCGGUCCUCUGCCUCGUCCUUCCACUCACUCACCGAAUCAGGAAGGGCGUUGCGAGGGGCGAAGAGUGAAGACGUUGUUCAAGACUGGAAUGAGCAUGAAGGAGAGGAUGGCACUGAAAGGAGCCGGUUGUGAUUGUGUGUGUAGUGUGCAUACUCACUGAUGUGCACGUUUGUGUAUGUGUAUCUUUUCUCCUAAUAUUUAUUUUCUAUUUACUUGUCUGUCCUGAAGAUAAAACAAUAAGAUGAACAGAGAAUGUAAAAGAAUAGAUUGUACAAAAUACUAAAAGAACAGAAUGAUGCUCUUCUUUUGUAGCAUCAUGAGGCAAUAGAUUUGGAAUGACAAUAACUGUAUAAGUAAAAAUACAUUUUGUGCAUCAUAUAGUAUUGAUCAUUCAUAUGAAUUUUUUUUCACUUGUUAGCAAGUGAUAAAUUUACAUUAUGAAUAUGACUGUAGCAACAGGAAUACAAUACUAUUAUAUGAUAAUUUUUGAUGUUUGAUAUAACCUUUAAUUAUAAACCAUUGCUUUCAGAUAACAUACUAUUGCUUCCAUGGUCUUACUGGUAUUCCCUCUGGGUAAUGCAACAUAUGUAUCAAGACCUCAGUAGUCGUGGUUUGAUAAACACAA